AUGACAGCGUACAGCUUUUUAACGGUGAGCCCGUCGCCACCUUUUCCUAACUCUCGUACAACUCCAUCAUUAUCUCUAACAUCAGAGGGAGAGUAUUUGUUUCCUCAAUAUGCUAUAUAA